UAGUGAUUAUGUCUCGUAAUAACUGAACUGUUUACUUUAACAGAGUUAUCUGCAGGGCAGGAUGACGGUAUUGAGCAGGUUUUUGAUGUUCAGUGGCCCAAAGUUAUUUAAACCCAAUGGAUUGGAAAAAGUAGUGCCAAAAAAUGGAAUUAUCCGAUGCAUGUCGGAAGAACAUACUAUGAAGAUAACACCAAGCGAAUGGCAAUGGACAAAACUCAAGGACUGGUUACAUUUUUACUUCUUUCUGGGUGCCAUACCAGCAUUAUCAAUUAUGUUUUACGCUAAUGUAUUUAUUGGGCCUGCUACGUUGGAACCGAUACCAGAAGGCUAUGAUCCUAAGCCCUGGGAAUAUUUCAGAUCGCCUAUUACAAGGUUUAUGGUAAAAUAUUUUACUCCGAAUCGACAGCAAGAAUAUGAGAAAUACAUAUGUGUCUGUGUGCAGGCCUUUGAAAAGAAAAGAAUGAAGGACUUGGAAGUUCAAGUUAAACAGUAUAUUGAUGAACGUCAGGAUUACCCAUCUUAUAGUUAUAGAAGAAGUACAGGCUCUUUAGAUUUAAAACGUUAUAGAGAAAUGAUCGAGUCACACGAGCAGUAACCUCUUACUUUCAAAAUUACUGUUUUCAGUAUAUAAUUGGCAUACAUAUGUAUAUAUAUAGUGGUCUAACGUGUAAAUCAAGCUAUACGGAUUGUAACAGUGCAAAAAGAAGUUAAUAGUUCAAUAAAACAAAUACUACAAA